UCAUCAUCAUCUUCACCAUCGUCACUGUUCCCUGCUUCGGUGCUCACGCGUCCGUGCUCCUGUCUCGCCGCGCGACUACGUGUUCCUUCCGCUGGCUUCCCGGCGGUCAGAGGUGCGUCUGGUCCGAGAGGUGCGGCCGAUACAUCUGGGUGUGCGAAGUCCACGUCUGGUCCGAGAGGUGCGGCCGACAUAUCUGGGCGUGCGAAAGUCCACGAGCCUCGUCGCCACGACCGGUCGAUUCCGCCAUGUCGAGGAAGGUCUGCGUGGUCGCGCUGUGUCCCUCGGGGGAGUCGGACGUGCCGUACCACAGGUUCCCCCGCGAGUCGUCGCCCCGGCGGCAGCGCUGGAUCGACUUCGUCCGGGCCUCCGGGCGCGGGGACGCGUGGAGCCCGCGCGAGAGCAGCCGCGUCUGCUCGCGUCACUUCGCGCCGUCCUGCUACAAGCGGCACCCGGCGAGCCUGGCCCGGCUCGGGCUCUCGACCAAGGGGCUGUACCUGGAGCCCGGGGCGCUGCCGACCGUCUACCCCGCUGUGCGCACGCCUUGUCCGCCAGGAGGCGGCGCGGUCGCUGCGCCGUUCGCCAACGGGCGUCCGCGACGCGAGUGUUGUUCAGACGUGAGAGGUGCGCCUGCUGUCUCGACGGGUCACUGCAGGCUCGACAUGGUUAGCAAGGCAACGACCACAGCGAGGCUGAAGGUUGACGCCACAACCCAGUGUGCAGUACUCAUGACGCCAAAGGCCACCAUGGCGAGCCGCGGGAAGCUCGCGAGCAGCGUAGGUGUGCAAACGGACCGCAUGACGGAGGAUGUGGGGAAACUGAAGAUUGAUGCGACAACGCAGUGUGCAGUCCUCAUGACACCAAAGGCCACCAUGGCAGUCCGCACAAAGCGCACGAGCACAGUAGGCUUACAAACAGGACGCAUCGUGGAGCAAAUGGGGCUGCGAAAGGCUGACGUGGCAACGCAGUGCGCGGUACCAAUGACACUAAAGGCCACCCAGGCAACAGUCAACCCACGGAGCACGAGGACAGUGGGAAUACAAACGACGAGUGCGACCAACCAGCAGCUAGUGGAUUUUGGCGCAGUCUCGUGGAGACGUGACCUCACAACCUCGUCAUGGCGGUGACCUCUGCUGCCAAAUUCUGCAGGUCGCACCCCGGCCUUAUCAGAUCGGGGGCAGCUAUCGCCGCGGACUAUGCUGUUCAAACCUAGCCACACAUCCUCGCAAAGCGACACUCGUGCGAGGACGAAGUCACAUGACAAAUUGUCAUGUGACUGCCUGCCCACACACAGGCACUUCGCUUUGCUCCCAAUCAAAUACACAACCGUUUACCUUUGUC